AACACCUCCCUCUACAUGGUCAAAUAUGACGGAUUCGACUGCGUCUACGGCAUCGAGCUGUUCAAGGAUGAGCGAGUUUCCAACCCCCAGGUUUUAACAGAGAAAGUCGUAAACAACAAGAUCAAGGAGCCCCAUGAUGCGCCGGAGCUGGUGGGGAAGGCUGUGGAGCACCUGUUUGAGAAGGAGGACGGUGAGAAGAACGAGUGGAGGGGCAUGGUGCUCUCUCGCGCCCCCAUCAUGACCAACUGGUACUACAUCACCUAUAAGAAGGACCCUGUGCUCUACAUGUACCAGCUCUGGGACAACUAUAAGGCCGGAGACCUCCGCAUCCUACCUGAAGCAGAGAACAAACACCUACUGCCUGCAGACAGGAAGCCAGGCGAGGAGACAGAGAGCUUAGUGGGUAAGCAGGUGGAGUACGUCACGGAUAAGGGCGUGAAAAAGACGGGGCUGGUUAUCUACCAGACAGACCAAUGA